AUGAUUGCUGAAAAUUAUGGUGCAAGGAGGAACGCCCUAAGCAAAAUAAACAAAACUCUCGCAGAUACCAGAACUUAUAAGCGAAGGUCGAUGGAAAUCGCAGCCCUGUUCUUUGUGGCUCUGUUCCUCAGCUGCUGCAUGACUAACCAGGCCAAACUCUUUCGCAAGGGAGGAAAACUAAAUCCGCAGCUUGUGGAUAACUGGUGA